UGGGUUUCCGGUGCAGCGCAUGCGGCUGCGGGAAGCUGCCCGGGCUAUUGCCGCUGCCGCGCUUGGGCCUGGGGCGAGGGCGCGGCUGAGCGGCGGCCGGGCCCCCAUGGCGAAGAGCAAGUUCGAGUACGUGCGGGACUUCGAGGCGGACGAUACGUGCCUGCCCAACUGCUGGGUGGUCACCCGGCUGGACGGCCGCAACUUCCACCGCUUUGCUGAGCAGCAUGGCUUCAGUAAGCCUAACGAUGACCGUGCCCUCCAUCUGAUGACUAAGUGUGCCCAGACUGUGAUGCAAGAGCUGGAGGAUAUUGUCAUGGCUUAUGGACAGAGUGAUGAAUACAGCUUUGUUUUUAAAAAGAAAAGUAAUUGGUUUAAAAGAAGAGCAAGUAAGUUCAUGACUCACGUCGUCUCCCAGUUUGCCUCCAGUUAUGUUUUCUACUGGAAGGAUUAUUUUAAGGACCAGCCGCUCCUGUAUCCACCAGGAUUUGAUGGACGAGUUGUCUUGUAUCCCAGUAACCAGAAUUUAAAGGACUAUCUCAGCUGGAGACAAGCAGAUUGCCACGUUAAUAACCUCUAUAAUACAGUGUUUUGGAUGCUUGUGCAGCGAAGUGGCUUGACACCAGUCCAAGCACAAGACAGAUUAAAGGGAACUUUGGCUGGAGACAAGAAUGAGAUUUUAUUUUCUGAAUUCAACAUUAACUACAACAAUGAGCCCUUGAUGUAUAGGAAAGGAACUGUACUAAUAUGGCAGAAGGUUAACGAAGUCACUACAAAAAGAAUAAAACUGCCAAAGGAAAGUGAAGAGAAGGAAGUUGAAGUGGCACGGACCAGGACUAAAGCUGUCCCACUGCACUGUGACAUCAUUGGGGACCAGUUCUGGGAGGAGUAUCCAGAAAUCCUAGCUGAUAGCUGACCUUCCCAGUUUGAGUUCUUGUGCAAAUAACAGGAAACAACUUAUCUGCAUGAGCUUCUGGGAAGUGAGGACUGUGCGGUGAGGCUCGGAUAAUUUAACUUUGUAAUUCAGCAUCCACAUUUUGAGCGAUAUUGUCUUAGAAACAGUGUCCUUGCCUGUCAUGUAGAUAUAUCUGCCUGCAGAAGCUAAAAUCAUGUUACUUUCAAAGGGGAAGAAUUUUUAUAUAAAAUUACAAAAUUUAACCCUUGUUAAAUGCAUAUUUGCAUUGAUUUAUAACAUCAUCAUCAUACAUUUAUGUAGCAUCUUUCACAUUAAAGUCACAGGGUGCUUUAUAGAGUUAUUCACCUAAAACAAUCCACUCUUUGGAACAGUUAAAAGCAGCAGAAAGAUUAUUUCUUUAGCUUUGUUUUAUACUCUGAAACAGACUAAAGACUUGGAAUAGUGCCUUGAAUCAAGUUCCAUAACCAGGGAGCUUAGUUACAAAAAUUCUCUAGCAGUCAACAUCUCAGGCCCAUAUCGAGGAUACACAAAGUAGCCCAACAAUUUGCUGUAACUAAUUUUAAAGGGUUUUUCUCAUGUGUAAAUUACUUUUGUAUUUUUUUAAAGAUGCAGAAAUGUAAUUCUCCCCUUUCCACUCCCAUGUUUAUUCUUCAGACUUUAUCGUCACUGUAGCUUUGCUAGUUAUUAGUGACGGUCUCAAAUGGCCAAAUGUUGUAAUAAAAUUCUCAUACAGUCUUCUGUCACGGUA